CCAAGUGAUUCGGUUGUUGCAGGUGUAUACUGUAGUGGCGACCGUGGUCAUCGGCAGCUAAUGAUUCGGGUGGUCUUACAUAUAAGUACUGCAUACUUACACGUUUCCCGAUGCGUCAAUUCUCACGAUGGAUUGACUUUGGCCCCCAAACCCCUCCCACCUUCCGAGUGUUGGUGGCGUUGCGACAACAUCUGCACAAUCGAUUGGUACGGUCAUCACAACCUUGCCUCUUACGUGAUAGCCCUGGAGCCGUUCAAAUCAUCAACAGAGACUUCCAAGGUUGUAAGUGACCUUGAAAUGUUGGUGGCUGCGCUUCGGGUCACGGCGGCUUCCUUCCAGCCAACCUUAUCGUACUUACUGUACUUCAACGUCGCGAGAGACACGGCGUGCGAAAAAUGGGCCACCCGCAACGAGCAAUUAGCCUUUGCGCGGACCACUCUGUCUUACCAACAAUCGACAAGACCUGGUACAAUGGACUUAUUCCUAGGCACUCAAGGCACUCCAGGCCACACUUGACCAAUCCGCGGCAUCGAAUACCCAAGGAUAACCAACACAACAUGCCGCUUGUCGCUGGACCGAAAAGCGACCAGACUGACUGCAGCACUACAGCACAUACCAAAGAUGACUAGACUUUAUUCGAACAUUUUGUCUACCUAGGUACUCUCUGGAUAAAUCCGGC